CCCUCACGUUUCUCACACAAAAGGCGCGCCUGCCUUUUCCCCUUGGGUUUUGGGGAGGCCCUCGGCGUGAGCAAGCGUCCAGCACCCUUGACCCCAGCAGUCGGUCCUCUCCUUAGGAGGAUGCCGGACUACAUCUCCCAGGAGGCACCACGCCGAGGACGAUUCCGGCCCACAUCUCCCAGGAGACCCCGCACUGAAAAUUUUGGACUACAUCUCCCAGGAGGCUCCGCGCUACACUGCACGCUGCUUCCGCCUCCGUCUUCACAGGACACGUGACCUGUGUCCACAGCGGUCCAAUGCUCAGCUUGCGAAGGAUUUGGCCCUUCCCAGCCAGCGCAGCCCUGAGCCAGAGGACAUGGGCCCCGGGGACCUGAGAGCCACAGCGCAGGAGUCACUGACCUUCAGGGAUGUGACUGUGGACUUUUCUGGGGAGGAGUGGAGACACCUGGAUCCCUCUCAGAAGGAGCUCUACAAGGAGGUGAUGCUUGAGAACUACAGGAACCUGGUGUUCCUAGGGCUUCCAGUUCCCCAGAUGGACGUGAUCACCCAGCUGGAGAGAGGAGAAACCCCCUGGAUGUUGGAGAAGGAACACUCAGGAAGUUCCUAUUUAGAUUGGGAAUCCAAGCCUGAAACCAAAGAGUUUACUGUAAAGCUGGGCAUUACUAUGCAAGAAUCAUCUCAGGAGAGAUUCACAAGCAACAGUUCUUGGGACUUCAAGGUGGGAGACAUCUGGAAAAGUGAUAUCCAAUUAGGAAAGAAGAGCAACCAGGAGAAUCAUUCCAAGGAAUUAACAUUUCUUUCCAGGAAAAUUCCCAGGGAUGUCACAAGCCUUGAAUGUAAUGAAUUUGGGGAAAGCAUCCGUCUGAGGCUAGUCCUUUCUGAAAAACAACAGAGAGUUCCUAGAGCAAAGAAUCAAAAUCAGUGGGAUACAUUUGGGAAAAGCUUUCAACAGCAUUCAAGUCUAAUUAAGAAAUUUGCUUCAGGAAAGGAACAGUCUGAGUAUAAUGAAUGUGGGGAACUCUUUAGUUAUCAAACAGACCUCAUUCAGUGUGAUAAUAAGACUGCAAGAGAGAAACAUUAUGAGUGUAAUGAAUGUGGAAAGGCCUUCAAUCUGAGCACAAACUUUAUUAGGCAUCAGAAAACUCAUGCUAGAAAGAACCAUUAUAAAUGUGAUGAAUGUGGAAAGACCUUCACCCAGAGCACAAAGUUUGUUUGCCAUCAGAAAACUCAUUCUGCAGAAAAACCCUAUAAAUGUAGUGAAUGUGGCAAAGCCUUCAAACAGCACUCAUCCCUUAGUUACCAUCAGAGAAUACACACUGGAGAAAAACCAUACGAGUGUGCUGAAUGCGGAAAACAUUUCAGUCGGACACCAGAUCUUAUUAGACAUCGGAAAAUUCAUACUGGAGAAAAGCCUUUCAAAUGUACCGAAUGUGGGAAGGCCUUUAGCCAAAGCACUUAUCUGACUGUACAUCAGAGAAUUCAUACUGGAGAUAAACCCCAUAAGUGUAAUGUAUGUGGAAAAGCCUUCAACCAACAAUCCUCCCUUAAUUACCAUCAGAGAAUUCAUACUGGAGAGAAACCUUAUGCAUGUAAUCAUUGUGGGAAGGCCUUUAGCCGUAGCACGGAUCUUAUUAAACACCAGAAAACUCAUAGUGGAGAGAAGCCAUACAAAUGUAAUGAAUGUGGAAAAGCCUAUAGUCAGAACACAAGACUUAUUUGCCAUCAACGAAUUCAUACUGGAGAGAAGCCCCACAUUUGUAGUGAAUGUGGGAAAGCCUUUAUCGAUAGUUCAUCCCUUAAUAUGCAUCAGCGAAUUCAUAGUGGAGUAAAGCCAUUUGAAUGUAAUCAGUGUGAAAAGGCCUUCAGCCGAAGCACAGACCUUAUUAGACACCAGAAAAUUCAUACUGGAGAGAAGCCUUAUGAAUGUAAUGAAUGUGGGAAGGCCUUUAGCCAGAGCACAAACCUUACUGUACACCAGAGAAUUCACAAUAGAGAUAAGCCUCAUAAAUGUAACGAAUGUGGGAAAGCCUUUAACCAACAUUCAUCCCUUACUUAUCAUCAAAGAAUCCACACUGGCGAGAAACCCCAUAAAUGUAAUGAAUGUGGAAAAGCUUUCAUUGAUAGCUCAUCCCUUACUUAUCAUCAGAGAAUUCAUACUGGAGAAAAACCCUAUGUGUGUGGUCAGUGUGGGAAGGCUUUCUAUCGAAGCACCGAUCUUAUUAAACACCAGAAAACUCAUACUGGAGAAAAGCCUUAUAAAUGUGAAGAAUGUGGGAAGGCUUAUAGCCAGAAUGCAAAGCUUAUCUGUCAUCAGAGAGUUCAUACUGGAGAGAAACCACAUAAAUGUAAUGAAUGUGGCAAGGCCUUCAGUGACACUUCAUCCCUUACUAUUCACCGGAGAAUUCACAGCGGAGAAAAACCUUAUGAAUGUAGUCAAUGUGGGAAGUCCUUCAACCGUACACCAGACCUUGUCAGACACCAGAAAAUUCAUACUGGGGAGAAACCUUAUAAAUGUAAUGAAUGCGGCAAGGCCUUCAAUAGGAAUACACUACUUACCUACCAUCAAAGAAUUCAUACUGGAGAGAAACCUUAUGAAUGUGACAAAUGUGGGAAGGCCUUCAGCAGAAGCACACACCUUAUUAGACAUCAGAAAAUUCAUAUUUGAAGAAUCCUUUUAAAUAAAUGUGGAAAGGCCUUUAACCAGUACACCAGCUUUACUGUGUCCCAGAGCUCCUAGCUGAAAGCAGCCCCUUCAAAUGUAAUAAAAGUGGGAAAGCUUUCAAACAACAUUCAUGUCUUAUAUACCAUCUGACAGUUGUAUUAUUGAGAAUGUAAUGUAAUAUAAUGUGAUAUGGGAAGUCUUUUGACCCAGAUUUCUAUCAGAAAGUUCAUAUUAAAUAAUGGUGAAUAUUAGAACACUAUAGUCAGUGACUCUCUUACCUCUAGGAUGAAAUAUAAGUUCCUUUCCUUGGCAUUUCAACCCCUUCACACACAUUUCCCAUUUCUUUAUGGAGUCUAAAUUGACCUAUUUGACAUUUCCUGAACCAACUUUUCUGCUCCUACUUCUGCCUUUGUACAUGCUGUCCUCCUUGCUUAGAAUAUAUGCUUAUCCCACCUUUUAGAAUCCUCCAAUU